AUCCAGACGCCAAAAUCCAGCUCCUUCCUCUCUCUCCUCUCUCACUUGCCGGCCCGCUUCUCUUCCUUCUCUUGUCUUCUCCCUCUCUGUUUCUUCCUCGAACGUCCCUCAUUCCCAUCGAUCCCCAAAACCCUAGAAAUCAUCUCAUCUUGUCGGAACUUCCCUUUCCCCUUGAAUAUUGUAAUCAAUCCUCUCGCUUGGCAUAUUACCUCCUUGCCAUUCUCAGGGCCGUAAGCAUCGCCCGAUGUUGACGGCAAUCAGGUCAGCCACUGAUUUGACUCGCAUUCCUUGCUCUCCCCUCUUUGCCACAACGUGCUGUAAUCAUUUUCUCCCCCCAGAAGCUCGGAAAAGCUCGGAUUGUACUCAUAAUUCUGUUGCGGAGCGCCACUGCUUUGCAAACAUGAGGUUUAAUUUCUGCUGAGAUGAUCAGUGGGAGCCUGAGCUAUAGCUCUGGCAAUGGUAGUUGCAACGCGGCCCUGAUCCAAAGAUAUUCGAGAUGCAAUUAGCAGCAAAUGAUAGUCAUGGGGAAGACAUUUCGGAACGCGAGCCUAUACUGCGUCAGUUCGACACGGUCGAAAGUUCUGAAGGGUCUACAUCUUCGUCUUCGUCCUCCUCCUCGUCUUCAUGUGAAAUUACAUCCGCUGCUGAAGGAGAGCUUGCUGUGGCUAUCGAUGAUGAUGAUGAUCCCCGAGAUCUGGAGGUGGAUGAAAAUAGCCAUCUGGUCAAUGUCGACCAACCUCAGUGCCGUAUAUGCCUUGACGUUGGAGGAGAAGAUCUGAUCUCUCCAUGCUAUUGUAAGGGCACCCAAAAGUAUGUACACAGAUCAUGUCUAGAUAAUUGGAGGUCCACUAAGGAGGGUUUUGCUUUUUCUCACUGUACAGAAUGCAGAGCAGUUUUCCUACUACGUGCAAAUGUGCCGCCUGACCGCUGGUGGCUGAGGUUGAAGUUUCAGUUCCUUGUUGCCCGGGACCAUGCUCUCAUUUUUAUAAUUGUGCAGCUGAUUGUUGCAUCUCUGGGUGUGAUAGUGUACAAGUUUUAUGGUGAAGAGCUAAGGGAAAUGUUUGGUUAUGAGGAACAUCCAUAUGGCUUUUAUACAAUGGCUGUUUUGGCCAUUGUUCUGGUGGGUUUGCUUUAUGGCUUCUUUAUUGCCAUAAUAUGUGGACAGAGGAUCAAUGAAAGGCAUUAUCACGUUCUUGCAAAACAAGAGCUGACAAAGGAAUAUGUUGUGGAAGACCGUGAAAAAAUGAAAAGUGUACCUGAGCUCGACCCAAGCCAUGUUACAGAGCUGAGAAUGUUGGGCCUUUAUUAGCUCGAGGACAAAGUUUCACCUCACAUGCAUUAGAUUCUUGGUUCUUCCUGGUUUCAUGCAGCUCGGUUAUCAUUAUAAAUUUUUUAAUGUGGAGUUACACGAAAGUUUGACGUGGUGAAAUGGGACUUACAUUCCACUGGGAUUAUCUCUGGCUUCAUGUUGUGAGCUGUACCACAUUGUCACAAGAAGUGCCCGCUUAGACUGCAAUAUUCUGUACGCCCUUUGGUAUACGUGGACGGUGCCAGUUUCCUGCUGACUGCCCGAGAAUUUCUUGGACACCAAAUCUGUCACAACUUUCUAUCAUGCUGACCAUGAUGAUGAACACCAAUCAACCGUGUUCACCCCGUCGAAGUGAAGAAAUUGUUUUACAUCCAUCCAGACGAGUCUUCGGACUUAGUUGCUCAUAUAACCUGGAAUGGGAUUCUUUCAGUAUGCCACCUUUCGAGCGUGCAAUAUGGAACUGUUGUCUGUUGGUGUAUAUUACGUAAUGGAAUUGUAUUGCAUUCAUUUUCACUUUUAUUUUAUUAUUAUUAUUUUUUGGGGAACUCUGCACAAAGAAUUGUAUCAGUUUUCGUAAAGAAACUUCAUACAAGGGAAGGGGGAAAACACUUAUGAGAGUUCAUUGAAUGGGGAAGUUGAGUUGUAUAUCUUGACGAGGUUGUUCCUUGAUGUUCGACAUGUAUGUCAAAUCUGAGAAUUAUCGUAUCA